AAUCCUAACUCAUUCGAAGGUAGGUUUCCCGUUUGCCUGGUAAAAUUAAAGCCCAAACUUUGAGAAGGAAAAACAGAACUACUCAACAAUUAUUUUACCGAUGCUUGGCUAAGUCUUAUACUAAUUAGUAAAUACCUAUAAAGAACGGAUAAGUAAAAUCUCUUUUGAACAAUGAAUUAGCGAAUAUUCUUUCUUUAUUAAAUAACACUUUUUUCUUAAUUAUAUUUCUCUACGAAAGUUUCAGCUUUAAUCAGAGUAAUUGAAAAUGAAGAAGCUCCGCAACCCAGAAAUCAAAACGAACGAUUCGUUUACGUGGUUAAUUCGAAGUUGGGAGCUAACUGGCAUGAAGCUAUUGCGUCCGUAUAAAUUCUUAAAUCUGUUACACAUGGUUUUCAGCUGGUUUGUGCUCUCACUAAGUCCGAUAUCGUUUGGUGUUGGUAUAUUAAAUACCAUGGACAAUUCAUCGAUGACUGCAACACUGACCAAUUUCCAAGCAUCGCUUAAUGUUCUAUUAUUACCAUUCAGGGCGCUAGUAAUUGCCAUAAACUUUAAGCGUUUGCGUAGUGUCGAAGAGAUUUUCGAAAAUUUGGAUAAAUUCUAUGUAAGAGAAGAGGAACGCUUGGAAAUCAAAGAUUGCGAAAAGGCUUGCAGAAGUCUAUUUUUUACAUACUCUAUUUUCUAUGCCAUGUACGGCGCAAUCAGUUGGUUAGUUUCGUUCUUUGCGCUCAACCAAGAAACAUAUUGGCUUCCUUUUAUCGAUUGGAUACCGUAUCAGCCCCUACGACACGGUUUACACUUUAUUUUCGAAGUGGUUAUUAUACAUUUCUUACUGCAAACCAAUGUGACGAGUGAUACCUUUCCGGCUACUUAUAUACGUGCCUUACGCACCCACAUUAAGCUGUUGACGGGCCGCGUCAGUCGUUUAGGCACAAACUCCGACUUUAAUGACGAGCAGAAUUUUCGGGAAUUAGUCGCUUGUAUAGCAUCACAUCAGCAGAUAUUGCAGGUGGCGGACAUCGUUGGUUCGAUUCUCUCGCUGACCAUUUUUCUGCAGCUCACAAUCGCCGCGGCCAUUUUAUGCGUUUGCAUGCUUAACAUAUUCAUAUUCGCCGAUCCGAUUCACAAGGUUAUCACGAUUGUAUACUAUCUGGUUGUUUUGAUGCAAACUGUACCCAGCUGCUAUCAGGCAUCAAUGCUCGAGGCGGACUGCGCUAAGUUGCCGGACGCGAUCUUUCAUUGCAAUUGGCCGCAUUUAGAUAAACGCUUUCGCAAGCUCAUCAUCUAUUUCCUGCAUCACGCACAGACGGAAAUAACUUUCACUGGAAUUAAACUAUUUAGAAUCAAUUUGAGCACCAAUUUAUCGAUUGCCAAAUUCUCGUUUACACUGUACACAUUCAUAAAUGAUAUGGGAUUUGGGGAGAAAUUGAAGGAACGCUUCGAAUAGUUAUUACCGGAAGGUUGAAUUUACAAUGUUUCCUGUCACUUAUUGAAUAUAUUAACUAAUAUUAUUGCACUUAAAUGCAACACUUAAGUAGCUCCAAUAAAAUAGAUCUAGAAAAUGCAUAUGUAUA